GUGCUGCGUGUGCCCUCGGAGCUGCCGUGCAGGGACUGCUGACCAACAGGCUCCGAGCAUCUGCCAACCUGCCCGCGCGGAGCCAGGUCCAGCAUCAGAGCUAGCGAGAGAGUUUUGAAAAUGGCACCAAAUCCUCGGAGAGAGGCAAGCGUAUGGCGACAAACCAGAGCCCUUUUAUUCAAGAACUGCCUUGUUAAGUGCAGGACUAAGAAAAGCAGUGUUCAGGAAGUCCUUUUCCCGCUCUUUUUCUUAUUUUGGCUAAUACUCAUGAGCAUGAUGCAUCCCCAUAAGAAAUAYGGCGAGGUCCCAAACACCGAUCUUGGGACUCUGGACACCUCCUUGCUGGUGAAUUUAAUUGUUGGAUACACGCCGCCAACCACCAUGACCAGAGAAAUCAUGAAGAAAGUGGCUUUCGAUAACUUUGAAGAUGGCAUAAUCACAGAGGAAUAUUUAAGUGAAGAAGAGCUGCAAGAGGCCAGUGCCUUCAAACCCUCAAACUUUGUGGGUGUAGUAUUCAACGAUGCUAUGUCCUACCAGCUUAGAUUUCCUGAUUCUGUCACCAUGUCUUCUCUUUACAUGGAGUCAAGAGCCAGUUGCUCCAGCUUGGUGAAAGGAUGUGAAUCCGUAACAUACUGGCACUCGGGAUUUACAGCUCUCCAAGCCUGCAUCGAUGCAGCGAUUAUACAGCUGAAGACUAAUCGGUCAGUUUGGGAACAACUUGAAUUAACAAGAGCUGUYGUUAUGGGAGAGGCUGAAGUGAUGGAAAUAGACAGUUUUCCUCGUGCAAUCAUUUUAAUUUACCUCGUGAUUGCUUUCUCACCGUUUGGUUAUUAUUUGGCAAGUCAUAUUGUGGCGGAAAAGGAGAGGAAGUUGAAGGAAUUCAUGAAAAUAUUGGGACUUCAUGACACUGCCUUUUGGCUUUCUUGGGUGCUGCUGUACACGAGUUUGAUUUUUGUCAUGUCCAUUCUUAUGGCAGUCAUCGCAACAGCCUCUUCGCUCUUUCCCCAGAGCAGUGCCUUUGUGAUAUUCCUUCUUUUUUUCCUAUAUGGAAUCUCUUCAGUUUUCUUUGCACUUAUGCUGACCCCUCUAUUUAAAAAGUCAAAGAAUGUGGGUAUAGUUGAAUUUUUGGCAACGCUGGCUUUUGGGUUUGUGGGUCUUAAUAUUGUCCUGCUGGAAGAUUUCCCCAAGUCUUUUGUGUGGAUUGUGAGCCCCCUGUGUCAGUGCACCUUCUUGAUCGGCAUCGCAGAGGUCAUGCAUCUAGAAGAUUAUGAAGAUGGUGCAACAUUUGCAAAUCUAAAUCAUGGCCCUUACCCACUCUUUAUCUCUCUUAUUUUAUUGGUGCUGGAUAGCAUAUUUUAUCUGCUUGUAGCUGUCUACCUUGAUCAGGUUAUUCCAGGGGAGUUUGGACUACGCCGAACAUCACUUUUCUUCAUGAAGCCCUCGUUUUGGUUGAAGCGCGGGAAAAAUUACAAGGAAUUGUAUGAGGGCAGCGUCAAUGGCAGCCUGAGUUUCAGUGAGAUGGUUGAGCCCGUGCCUUCCGAAUUUCAGGGAAAAGAAGCCAUCAGAAUCAGCUGUGUUCAGAAAACAUUCAGGAAAAAGGGGGAAACUGUGGAGGCUCUCCGAAAUUUAUCCUUUGACAUCUAUGAAGGACAGAUCACGGCUCUGCUUGGCCACAGCGGGACAGGAAAGACAACACUSAUGAACAUCAUCUGUGGGCUUUGUCCACCAACGGAUGGGUUUGUCUCUGUCUACGGACACAAAGUCUCUGAGAUAGAUGAGAUGCUUGAAGUACGACGAAUAGCAGGGGUGUGCCCUCAGCUAGACAUAAACUUUGAUAUAUUAACUGUAGAGGAGAAUCUCUCCAUAUUUGCUGCAAUCAAAGGAAUACCUCAGAAUGACUUGAUACAAGAGGUGCAAAAAGUGUUGUUAGAUCUGGAUAUGCAGCCGAUCAGAGACAAUCAAGCUAAAAAAUUAAGUGGAGGGCAGAAAAGGAAGCUGUCGUUAGGAAUUGCUAUUCUUGGAAAUCCAAAGGUUUUACUGCUGGAUGAACCAACUGCGGGAAUGGAUCCAUGCUCACGCCACGUUGUCUGGAAUCUCCUGAAAAGCAGAAAAGCAAAUCGUGUGACAGUCUUCAGUACUCAUUUCAUGGAUGAGGCAGAUAUCCUGGCUGAUCGUAAAGCUGUGAUUUCUCAAGGGAUGUUAAAAUGCCUUGGAUCUUCUCUCUUUCUCAAAAGCAAAUGGGGAAUUGGCUACCGUUUGAGUAUGCACAUAGAUGCAUAUUGCAACAUAGAAGCAACAACAUCAUUGAUAAGACAGCACAUCCCUGCAGCCAACCUGGUGCAAGAGAACGAUCAGCAGCUUGUGUACACAUUGCCACUCAAAGACAUGGACAAGUUUGCAGGCUUAUUUUCUGAUCUUGACACUCAUUCGCACUUGGGUGUUAUUACCUAUGGUGUUUCCAUGACAACGCUGGAGGAUGUAUAUCUGAAGCUGGAAGUUGAAGCCGAGAUUGAUCAAGCAGAUUAUAGUGUGUUUAAUUCCCAGCAAGUGCAGGAGGAAAUCGAUACAAGAUCAGUUGAUGAUCUGGAACAGAACCUGCUGGUGUUCUCGGAGACUAAAUCGCCUGCAAUGAACAAUACAGCCCUCUGGAAGAAGCAGGUUUCUACUAUUGCAAGAGUUCACUUCCUUAGUCUCAGACGAGAAAAUAAAUCUGUGAGAGUUAUGUUAUUGCUUUUUCUGAUUUUUCUUUUAGUUCAGAUUUUUUUGUUUCUUAUACACCACUACUUCAAAAAUUCUGUAGCUCCUAUCAAACUUUCCCCAGAUUUGUACUUGCUGAAGCCCGGAGAGGACUAUCACAAGUACAGGACUCGUCUCCUCCUGCAGAACUCCACAGAUGCGGAUAUCGAUGACAUUGUCAGCUCUCUUGGGAGCAUGGACGUGCURUCCGAGCUGGUCAAUGACAGUAAUUACGUGGCAGCAGCACCGCACAGCGCAGCUUUAAACRUUUUUGAGUCAGGAAAGUACUACCUUUUCACCGUCGCAUUCAACAGCACCAUGGUGCAUUCCCUGCCAGUUUUGUUCAAUAUUGUGAGCAAUCUCCUCCUUCGCAAUUUGAACGUGACUGAAAGCAUUCAAAUCUGGAGCAACCCUUUUGUCAAGGAUGCUCCUGACACAGUUUUCAAGCUAGAGCUCUAUUUUCAGUCUGUUUUACUGGGAAUCAUUGUUACUGGAAUGCCACCGUAUUUUGCCAUGGAGAAUACAGAAAACCAUAAGAUCAAAGCGUACACCCAACUGAAGAUAGCGGGGCUCUAUCCAUCCGCUUACUGGACAGGCCAAGCCGUCGUUGAUCUCCCGCUGUUUUUCUCCAUCCUUGUCCUCAUGAUAGGCAGCCUGUUUGCUUUUCACUACGGUGUUUAUUUCCAUGUUGGCAAGUUCCUUGCUGUGGUGUUUUGUCUGAUUGGCUAUGUCCCAUCAGUAGUGCUGUUCACUUACGUGGUCUCCUUCACAUUUAAAAAAGUGCAAAAUACCAAAGAAUUUUGGUCCUUUAUAUUUUCAGUGACAGCCUUGGUGUGUACGGUUGUUACUGAAGUAGCCUUCUUUAUGGGGUAUUACCUUGUCACCAGCGUCCUGCAUUAUGUCUUCUCCAUCUUCACUCCUAUCUAUCCGCUUAUUGGCUGUCUGAUUUGUUUUAUAAAGGUUUCAUGGAAAGACCAGCAAAAGAAUGAGGGAUUCUACAACCCAUGGGACAGGCUCUUGAUCGCAGUUCUAGCUCCCUAUUUGCAGUGUGUAGUGUGGCUCUUCCUAUUGCGAUGUCUUGAGGUGAAGAAUGGAGGUAAAACAAUUAGAGAGGAUCCGUUCUUCAGGAGAUGUGCUACGAAAGCCAGAACGUGGAAAUGCCCAGAGGUGCCGCAUGGUGAGAACGAAGAUGAAGAUGUGAAGGCCGAGAGGCUGCGGGUCAAAGAGCUGUUGAGCAACCAGAACGGCAAAGAGAUACCAGCCAUUCUGGUCAGCGGCUUGCAUAAAGAAUAUGAUGAAAGAAAAGAAUUUCUUCUUGGGAGGAGAAUAAAGAAAGUGGCAACAAAACAUGUCUCGCUCUGUGUUAAAAAAGGAGAAAUACUGGGAUUGUUAGGACCAAAUGGAGCUGGGAAAAGCACAUUAAUUAAUAUGCUCAUUGGAGACAUCGAGCCAACUGGCGGGCAGGUUCUGAUGGGAAAUUAUUCUUUUGGACUGAAUAGUGAAGAUGAUUCAUUUAAAUUUGUGGGGUACUGCCCUCAGAUAAAUCCUCUUUGGCCAGAUAUUACACUGGAGGAACAUUUUGAAAUCUAUGGCUCUAUCAAAGGAAUGAGUCAGAGUGAUGUCAAAGAAGUCUUAAAACGUGUUGCAAAUGCCCUGGAUUUAAAAGACCACCUGCAGAAAACAACAAAGAAACUAGGAGUAGGAUUGAAGCGCAAGCUGUGCUUUGCAUUGAGUAUGCUGGGCAACCCUCAGAUUACCCUGUUAGAUGAACCAUCCACUGGAAUGGAUCCGAAAGCCAAACAGCACAUGUGGCGGGCAAUUCGAGCAGCAUUUAAAAAUAAGGAAAGAGCAGCUAUUCUGACCACUCACUACAUGGAAGAGGCUGAUGCUGUGUGUGACCGGGUGGCCAUUCUGGUGUCUGGGCAGCUCAGGUGUAUAGGUACUGUUCAGCACCUGAAAAGUAAAUUUGGCAGAGGAUACUUUUUGGAAAUGAAAUUAAAAGAAACGAUGGAUGCACAAGAGCUGGAGUAUCUUCAGAGACAGAUUUUGAGCAUCUUCCCAAAUGCAAAUCGUCAAGAAAGUUUCGCAUCUGUCUUGGCAUAUAAAAUUCCUAAAGAAGAUGUACAGUCUCUUUCACAUUGCUUUUCAAAGCUGGAAGAAGUGAAACACACCUUUUGUGUGGAAGAGUACAGCUUUUCUCAGGCAACCUUGGAACAGGUUUUUGUGGAACUUGCUAAAGAACAAGAGGAGGAAGACAGCAGCUUUGGCACCCUGAACAGCACCCUGUGGUGGGAAAGAACGCAGGAAGAUCGAGUUGUUUUCUGAACUCUCKGAGAUUCAGGAGCUGUGCUGCCCGGUUCGUGUGUUGUACAAGGGAUUGUCCUUCCUAGGACACAUGGAGCACCAGGGAGGGAUGCCAGAGGUCUGAAAACAUCCAAGAGAGGAAGGGAAAAAAGAAAACAGUACUUGGAAAAAUGGAGCCUGCUCCACCUUGCUUGAUUGCAUGAGUGAUGCUCUCGGAGCAACGGUGGAAGGAAUAAUUCCCUCAUUAGUUUGUCAGUUCAGAAAUUCCUUCUGUAUUCAGUGUUUCCCAGUUUGCUGCAAGGGAGGACUGAGGAGAAGCUGCCCGGACACGGGUCGUGGUCCCCGGGCUCUGCUCGUACAGCAGUGCCUGCCCGGCGCUUGUCCCUCCUCCAUCCUCACCUCUUGCUCUGCAGAGAGCUCCUUUACACGGCAAAGCGAUGCCGAGCAGCCCUGCAGCCCUAGGAGAUGUUGGGGUCAGCAGACAUUGCAAAAAAUAACUCCUUUUGGUAAAACAGUAGCUUGACAUCGAGCCUGCCCCUCYGUGUAGCUGCCGUCCUGGCCCCGUGCCCUCUGUGGGCAUUGCUCUGGUGCACGUAGAAGUGCCGGUCAUAGCUCUGUUCCCAAGGGCAAGGCUUUCUCUCACUGCCAUCUGCUUUGAAGAAGUCCUAUUUGAGGGGCAAAAUCACUCCAAGGUAUUGUAGUCAGUGUGAACGGGCUCCUAAAGUUGCACAAUGAGCUUAGCUUGGCGUCCGGCUGAUGCAAAAAAUGUCCUUUURCAGGUAUAACGUGGCACUUGCCAACAGUAUGUUCCUUUCUAUUGCAAAUUGGCAGAUCUUGCUGAAUUAUGCUGCCGUCCUAGGUGGCAUUAAUGUUUAUAAUGCAUGCAGCGUGGGGUUAAAUGGGUGCACAGUAAGGGAUGCUAUUUCCCCACCCGUUUGGUAAAAGUGCGAAGACGUACUAACCGUGUAGAUACAAGAAUUGCAGAAAUGUCAGUAUUUCUAGACUUUGUCAGUGCAGUCUAAUUCUUUUAUUGGGUGUAAUCACAUUUAUCCUGCCAGCUGUUGCUAGACACAGCCCUUUUUAGAUGUUUCCGUUGUUCUUAACAGCGGAUUGGUACGCACGUGCAGCAAUAUUUCAUAAUCUGUCUUCACUGCGACAGCAGCGAGUGGUGCAGUGGUGUGCUUGGCACAUGAGUGUUUGCUUCUUCCUCCCAUGGUAGUUUCUCAUUCAGCUUCAUAAACUGAGAAGUGUGAGAUCCAAAUGCACAACCUCGUCAGCAGGAAUGGUGCCUUUACUUAACAGUAGGAGGACUAAUAAGAGUGGAAUAGAGGACCCUCUACUCUCAGAGGUGAUAAGUGUGUGUUUAAGAUUUUUUUUGUUUUUCUAUACAGAGCUGUCAUUGUUCAUUUAGUUUUAUAACAUGAAAUUAAAGAGAGUUAAUAGUUCGUUGUGUUCUGCAAUGAACAAAUUUAGUGAUGUGUUUAUACCAGAAACAUUGGCUACAAAAGUCAUAUCGAGUUYGGAUGGUCUCAGUAAGUCCCAUCAGUUUGGGAUGCUCCCAUAUGCUUCCUUGUUUUUCUGUCAUAAUUCAGAAAACUAUGGCUUAGGACAGUUUUGUUUCCCUAUAAUUACUGGGCAAUAAUCUAUAUAAUAUUUAUAGUAAUAAUUUAUUACAAUAUUGAGAGCCCAAAUCCGUUUCCAUGCAUAUCCAUAGAAACCUUGUUAUUUAAGUCAGUAUGGGAAGACAUGAGCCCAGUAUGUACAGAUUUGCUCUCCUCAUUUGUACCCUUAUGAUUAAGCGUAAAUCUACAAAUUCUGUUUUGUAGCUAAAGCUGAGCCCAGGAAUUGCACAGACUGAACAUCCCACGUGCCCGURGUUUCUUCCCAAGGGGAAGGUGCCUGUUCCCAUGGGAGAGCAGAGAGCCCGUCCGCUAAGCCCAAUGCAAUGGGCCUUGCAAGUGCCCAGUUCUGCUGUGCUGCAAAUAAAAUAGUGGUAACGAACAGAUUCAAAGCACUGGUGUGCAAGUGGCAGCUCUGGUCCUGAUCUUUUGCAGUCUGAAACUUUCCUAUCAGAAAGGAAGAAUUACCCCAAUCAGCCUCUUGGUUUAUGCAAUCCUAUUGCUCUCUUUUAGCACCCAGGAAUCCACUGGCCAGUUGCUCCCAUCUACAGCCUCACAACUGGCCAGUAUUUCUGGAGGUUUCUCUGUAUUUCUAAUAAAGGCGAGACAGAAUUUGGUCUCCUGAUACUUUCCUGUGAAUACGCACACAAGAUAAAUGUUUUCUGCAAAUCACGUUACACUUAAUUCUGUUCUUUGUACGUUGUAUUAAAACUGCUUCAACUGUAUCGUCUGUGCAUCUGUCAAGCAAUGUACAGCAUAUUCUUUGCACAUAAAGUUACAAAAGUACUUA